AUGUCAGAAGGAGAAAGCAAAGACAGCUCGGGCAGUGAGUGCCCCGUAUGCUAUGAGAAGUUCCGUGACCUUGAAGGUGCCAGCCGGACACUGAGCUGUGGCCAUGUCUUCUGUCACGACUGCCUGGUCAAAUACCUCCUCUCCACCCGUGUGGAUGGGCAAGUCCAGAGGACAAUCGUCUGUCCCAUCUGCCGCUAUGUCACUUUCCUCAGCAAGAAGAGCUCCCGUUGGCCCUCUAUGCUGGACAAGAGCUCCCAGACCCUGGCAGUGCCCGUGGGCCUGCCCUCUGCACCACCCCAAGAUUCUGGGGGUCAUACCAAUCCCGUGGCUCUCUCCCAGUCUGCCUGGAGACCAUCCUCAGGCCAGAGUACUCAACUGCCCUUGGAUGUGCUGCCUAAUAUGGCCCGGGAGCCCCAGAUCUUCAUCAUCAGCCGCCAUGGGAUGCCCCUAGGGGAGCAGGACAGUGUCCUGCCCAGGCGUAGUCUUGCAGAGCUCUCGGACUCGUCCCCAGCUCCCAGCUCCACCAGAUCCUUCUGCUGCCGUUCCAGGGCCUUACUGCUAAUCACCCUCAUUGCUGUGGUGGCUGUGGUGGCUGCCAUCUUGCCCUGGGUGCUGUUGGUGAGGAAGCAGUCAUGA